AUGCGAGGUGAAUGUAUCCUCCGACCUACGAUAUCCGGUAUAGUCAAUGACCUCCAGAUCAUAAAACUCCUCGAGCUCCUAAAAACAAAAACAACCGAAUCUCCCUAUUCUCUUGCCAAAUGCCUCUGUACCAUAAAAGCAGUUUUUUCUAAACCGUACUUUCCAACAACUGUCUUUGGGAAACGCAAGACAGUCUCAUUCGACUUUUCUGGAGUGUCAUAUAUAGUAGAAUUCACUGCAUGUGCCGAAGCACACUCGCAAGACAUAAGAAUGGAUGUGGAUAGCCCAGUAACACAGCAUAAUAACCAUAUCGGAAUCUCCCAGUCGAUUAUCAUGGGCAAUAGUAAUAAUAACGGCAGCAGUAGCAGUAUUAAUAAUGCUAAUAUUAUCAGUGCACAACCGCCUCAAUUCCUAAAACCCUCGAUCGAUGAUAUAUUAGGAGAUGAUCAAAUGGUGCGGUUCGUGACAAUACUCAAAGACAAAGUUCGGGAAUCCCCGACUACAAUGGCGACUUUGCUCGCCUGCAUCAAAUCAGUUUUGGAGUCAUCCGGCAUCAAAGAGCGACUCUUUCCAAACAGAAUAAGAUUUCACCAUGGCGAUGAUACCGCUUUUCGAGAAUACGUUGUCGAAUUUAACUCUUCGUGUGAUCGAACGUUUUCCGAGCACGAAACCAAUGGAAAUAUUAUUGGAAUUGAUGUAUGGCAUGUCAAUGUCGGGAAUUUGUCGAAUAUAAAGCGAAAGAGGGGGAGUGAUGUUCAUGAGGAAGAGGAUAAUUUCGUACAUCACAACAUGCCCAUGAAAAGGCGGGCUGCGGAUAAGCAUAAAGCACCGCCUUUGAGCUGCGAAGCAGUGAAACGUCUAUUCAGCUCAAUAUCCAAACAAACGCUUCUUCAGCGUCUCGAAGAAUCAAAAUCCCUCAUUUCCUCCAUCACCGAAUCAUACUUCAACAUCAGACAGUCGUCCAAUGCUAAAUCGCCUACCAGCUCUUCACGCCUAAACCUUCUUUGCCACCUUUUGCAAUCACCGCCAACGUCCCGCAUAGAUGGAAUUUCAUCAAAAGUGUUUUCGAAUUUAGAACUGUAUAAACUCUUUACAACUUACAAUGCAUACAAGGAAGAUUUAGCUAGACUUGCGCAGACGGAAGCACCGAGUCCGGCAAAAAAGGUUCAAGAAUUUACACAAACUUCAACAGAAGCGUCAGUAAAGUUUCCCACAUAUUCCAGCUUCAUCGAUCCAACAGUAACACUCCACAUCAAAGAGCAAACUGGUGGACGAGAAGUAGGCAAACAUCGUCUCAAUUGUGCAUGGCGUCUAUCUAUUCUUUGUGAACUUCUUGGCAAGGGCGUCUUACUUAUGACCAAAGAGCUUUCUGGUGCAAAGCUUGAGCGUAUUCUUGUCGAAGAGUUUUCAAAGUUAACCGACUUUCUGAAAAAUCCCGAAAACCAUGAUUGGGUAGCACAGGUGAAAGAAAAAUUGGAUCUCCUCGGGUUUGAUGAUGUAUACUCGCCAUUAGCGGAAGCGGACAUUGUAUAUGCGCCAAGCGAAUCUGUUGAUAUUUCCGAUGUGACUAGUGCCGGAAAUGAAAAGGAAGAUAGUAGAGAUAAUACGGUUAUGGACACUUCUGAGAGUGUUUCUAGUGUAUCUCCAGUACCUCAAAGACAGCAGCAGCUACCAUUGGCUCUGGAGCCGGAUGAGGAGAGGACGGAGAUUCCAGAAGUGAUUAAAGCAGAACCGCUGGCAACAGUUGCUAGUGUAAACAUAUCAUCGUCUAACGCGACGCCUCUCACUUGGGUCAAGGAAAAUAAUAUCGCAGGGACUUAUUGA